AUGCAUCGCGUCGUUGCUGAGCUUACUUGGCUUGCCCAUUUACUUGACUAUCUCUCCAUUUCGCCCCAGUUGCCGGUUGCUCUCCACUCUGACAGUCAGGCAGCCAUACAUAUCGCCAAAAACCCUGUCUUUCACGAGCGCACCAAGCAUGUUGAGCUCGAUUACCAUUUCGUGAGGCAGCAAUUCCAGGCCGGCCUUAUCUCUUUUCUGGGCCUCUCAUUGGGAUUUACUGGGCAAGUUGGGCCUAUUCCUUUUCAUUCGCUUGCUUCAUCUGUUACUGUAUUCAACGGAUUGAACUUCUCUGAAUGGCGUGAACAAGUCCAGUUCCACUUAGGUGUGAUGGAUCUUGACUUGGCUCUGCUGGAUGAUAAUCCCGCUACCAUUACUGAUUCGAGCAGUGCGGAUGAGAAGUCUUUCCAUAAAGCAUGGGAAUGCUCUAACAGGAUAAGCCUUAUGUUUAUGCGAAUGAAUAUUGCUAACAACAUUAAGAGUACUAUUCUACAAACAGAAAGUGCCAGGGAAUACCUGAAGUUUGUGGAAGAAUGUUUUCGUUCUGCAGAUAAGUCUCUUGCUGGUACACUAAUAGCUGAACUUACGACCAUGAAGUUUGAUGGGUCGCGUAGUAUGCAAAACCAUAUCAUCGAGAUGACUAACAUUGCAGCAAGACUUCAGACCUUGGGGAUGAAAGUGGAUGAUUCCUUUUUGGUUCAGUUUAUUCUGUACUCAUUGCCUCCUGAGUAUGGACCUUUUGAAAUUAACUAUAACACUAUUAAGGAUAAGUGGAAUGUUAGUAAAUUGUCCGGUAUGCUUACUCAGGAGGAGUCAAGACUUAAGAAAUAA